UGACGUACAGACGGUUGUAUUUGUUGGCAGGUUAGCGCUAACUAGUAGCAUUGGUUAACCUUAGCUCGCCGGUUGUGCGUACAUAUCUGUCAAAAGAGACUAUUAUGUCUUUUGUUCGAUGUUAAUGUCUCUAUGGCUUUUUGAAAUCAGUGUACAAUCAUUGUGUGUGAAUUUCACGUAUCACUGUUCAUUUUAACGUAAUUGCAACCUUUAAAAUAAGACCGGGUAAGUUCACUAGCCGCUUCGUAGCGUUAGCUCGUAGCUAGCAUUAGCAGCCAUGCUAAUUUAACGACGCAGGUUGCUCGGCGGUGACUCCGGCUGGUUGUCCGGCCCUUUGGUAAAUUGCAAAAGGAACAUGGUUCUUAGAACAUCCUUAAACAUUGAACACUCGGUGGUGAAGCGCAAUAUUAAUGUACAUUUUGUAGUGAAAUUGUGAAGCUGCAGAGUUGUAUUUCGGUGGGAGUGUUUAACGCCCUCUAUCGGCUGCAGACAGCAGCUGAUUGGCUCUACUCUAGACCUCCACUCUGCCCGGUUUGCAGGACGAAUUCUCCUAACUUUUUUACUCCGGACCGACGACGCUGCAGACUCUGCUUAAUUGCAUAAUAAUUUAAUUACAUCGGCUGUAGAUGCCAUGUUAAGACCAUUGUUAGUCUUGGCUCCGCUGGAAAAAUACCAGGCUCGAGAGAGAAGCCAUGUUGGUUAAGCUAGAUUCGGAAUUGAAAGCUGUUGCCACCAAAGAAGCUGAAGCAUCGUAACAGGGAACAUACCCAUAGAGGGAAGAACAGUGGAUGGAAGAGAGAGAGAGACGGAGAGUGUGACGAGGACGGAGGAUAAGAAGAUACAAGACUGGUCAAAAGUGCCAGAGCAUACCAAGUCAAGGCAGUCUUAAAUCUAAACCACAUCCCCCCUUCCCCCUCCCCACAUACACACAUACACACACAAACGCACACGCAUACAGUCCUCAGCAAUGCCAAGGGGGCCUGAUCAGCCUGCUGCCCGCUCUGACAAGCCCUGCCUCUUCACCUCAGACCCUUGAGGCUGUGCCCUCUGAGCUUUGACCUUUGACCUCCCCUUUGUCGACCUGGGAACCAGAGGUCACUUGUUCUCCACUCAACCCGGGGACGCCCUCCUGCCCAGCCAGGAGCCGCAGCCACGCGCCCCACUCACAGGCAUGGCUCCCAUUCGGGAUUCCGUCAGCCACUCCCCUAAUCAAACAGGUCUGGAGCAUCCUGGCUUGGACUCGCAGUAUGAGCCUUCCCCCUGGUCCUCUGGCUCGCCCUGCAGCAGUGACAGCAACAGCAACUGGGGCAAAGUCCUAGUGGACGGAAGCACCGACAAACCCAACAACCCUUCUUCAACUAACUCUUCCGUCUGGCCUCCCUCCUCUUCCUCAUUCUCUUGCUCCUCGUCUUCUUCCUCUUCUGGCUGCGGGUCAGGAUCAGACCCUGAGUUGGCAUCAGAAUGCAUGGACGCGGACUCUAGCUCCUCGAUCGGCUCAGAGAAAAACCUCGCCGCCGUGACAACAGUGAUGAUGAUGUCAGCAAAUGCUUCUUCCUCUGUGUCUUCAACGGCUUCUUCUCCCUCCUCCUCUAUGGUGACUUCUGCCAUGAUGGUCGGCGUUUCAGUGAAUGGAGACAGCAACGGCAACAGUCGUCAGGUGAUCGGUGGAGGGAUGGGAACCAUAAACGGUGCAAAUAAUGGAAAUAAUAACAUAGCCGGGUCCUCCCACUACUCCGCGGCUGGGUCCAGCAGUAUUGGCAGCAAUAAUAUGGGUAACCACAACAGCAAGCCCGUCAAUAACGGUGGUGUAUGGGGCAGCAACAUGAUCACCACCGGCGGAAGCACCCCCUGCAUCAAUGGAGGGUUAAACCCAAACACUUUAAACCCAAAUGCCAACCACGGUGCCUGGCCGCAGAAUCCAACCCCAAGCCCAGUGUCCCAGGGCCAACGGCCUACACAGGCUCAGGGGAUGAGUUCCAAACUGGGUAUAGCUCCCCAACAGGGCCCCAUGCUGGGCUGGGGUGGCAUGGCAGCUCCAAACAGCAGUAUGAUGGAAGACACUGAGGUGAAUAAUGGUACAGCAAGCAGCAAGGUGUUAGGAAGCAGCAACAGUGGAAAUGGUGGCCUACAGCCUACCAACCUUAACACUGAAUCCAAUGGACCAAAUAACACUAUUAUGAUGAAUACUACUACUACUACUACUACUAACGCCACACUGACCUCUAGUCCACCAAACUCUACCGCCUCACCCCAGCUCAGCGGGGAUUGUUCCUGGGGCUCUAUUGGAGGAGGGAAUGGGGGUCCGCUGGCCAAUGGAAACCCCCCAUCAGCCCCCCAGCACCCCCAAGGAGAGCUGGGGGCUCCUGGGGCUUUCGGUACGCCUUGGGGCGCAACUACCUAUCCUGGAGACAAGGGCCCCCCAAAUGCAGACACUGUGAACCCCCAAAACCCUGCCUCAAUGCAGGCUGGGAACCCCCAAAUCUCCUCUACUGCUGCUUACAAGAGUAAUAAUAACCACAAUAACACUGGGGCCCCACGCUGGGACCAGGGGCCCGCCAAUAACCCAAACCAGCCUCAGAGCAACUUGCCCUGGGGCAUCGGCUCGAAUCAGAUCACAGGCUCUGCAGGCCAAACACCAGGAAAUGGCAACCAAACUACGAUGGGCCCUCCAGCAGGGAUACCUCGCCCCUGGGGGAGCAGUGCGUCUUCUUCUUCCUCGUCCUCAUCGUCCUCGUCCACAUCUAACAAGAUGUCAAAUGGAGAAUGGGGAUCAACAGCUCCUGGUAACAACCAUUCAGAUGCUGGAAGUCAUAAAGGAAGCUCUGCCAACAAUGGCUGGAAGAGCCUGGAGGAUGACGCCAUGGGCAUGGGAGGUGGAGGGGGAGGAAGUGUAAGCCAUGGCUUGGGGAGUGUCACUGGAGGCUGGGGUCGCUCUGGAGGAAGUGAAGGAAGCGGAGAGAGCUCCGGAGGCCGAUCCAGCUCAGACAGAGACGGCAGCCAGUCAAAAGGGGGAAACCGCAGAAAAGUCAUCAAUCCAGUAUCAGCCACGUUUCAGACCAACGUGGACCCGAGGGUUCUAUCCAACACUGGAUGGGGACAGACACCCGUACGGCAGAACACCUCCUGGGAUGUGAAUUCUCCUGCUAACAAUCGGCAGCAAGUUUCCAGAGGAGAUGAAAGAAAGCAUAGCAGCGUAGGCUCCGGAUGGGGCACAGCAACACCGGCAGCUCCCUCCCAGACCUCCGGAGGUUGGGGGGGUGGGCCGGGCAGCUCAGGCCCAGGUACAGGAGGUUCUGGCUGGGGAGAUCGGCCAACCUCAGGGUGGGACAGCAAAGCCCCGGCAAGUGGAGGAGGUGGGCAGAGUAGCUGGAACGAUGGCUCCAACUACAAGGGGAGCAACACCAACAGUAACACUUGGAGCAAUAACAUUAAUAAAGAUGACAGGUCCAAUACAUGGACUAACACACCCACACCGCAGCAGAGCUGGGGUUCCAAUCGUGGAAAUGGAAGUGAAGGCUGGGGUAAUGGUGGAGAUGGAGCUAGAACAGGGGGCAACAACCACUGGGGUGAAACCCAAAAAGCUGCCAGCUCAGUGAGCUGGGACAGCGACAGCGACCGGUCUGGCUCUGGGUGUUGGAGCGAGCCAAGCCGAACCAACACCAGCAGCAGCAACACCUGGGUAGGAAGCGGAGGAUCAAAUACUCCAGACCAGAGCACUCCGAACCCAGGCUCCAACUGGGGGGACUCGGUCCACAAACCUAAUCCUCAGAGUAACAGCCAGGGCUGGGGUGAGCCAAUGAAGAACAACCAGAACUGGGGUGAGCCAAAUCCCAAGCCCUCCAAUGAGUGGGGAAAAGGUCCUGAAUCCAACAUGUCCAGAGACAAUCAAGCCACUAACAAGCCCACAGGCUGGCUGGGAGGCCCCAUGCCCACAGUAGGUCAGAAGGAGGAAGUGGCAACUGGGUGGGAAGAGCCUUCUCCAGAGUCUGUCCGUCGAAGGAUGGAGAUCGAUGAUGGAACAGCAGCUUGGGGAGACCCUGGUAAAUACAGCGGCGGCUCUGUAAACAUGUGGAACAGGACUGGCCAAUCAGACCAGGAGGCUGUAGGCCCAUCCAGUCAGCACCAGGCCCAGCACCAGGCCCAGCACCAGGCCCAGCACCAGGCCCAGCACCAGUCUCAGCACCAGUCUCAGCACCAGUCCCAGCACCAGUCCCACCCAGCACGCAGCUCGAUGCAUCCUUCUCAGCCAAUGGCCCAGGACAAAAGCUGUACUUCUGGUUGGGGUGAGACUUACUCCCAGAAGAAGGAGUCCUCAUCAUGGGAACCUCCCGCUCCUCCGCCUGUGUCAGUUGACAAUGGGACAUCCGCCUGGGGAAAGCCCAUGGACACCAGCUCCAGCUGGGAGGAGCCCGGCAGAGAUAACAGAGAGUCUGGGCCUGGAUGGGGCAACCAACAUAAGCCUGGUCCCAAGCCCAUGGAGACAUGGGGAGGUGAGGAGGCGUCCAUGGGCAAUAGCUGGGACCAGGAGGAGGAGGUGGAGAUCGGCAUGUGGAGCAACAGCCAACAGGAUAACAGGUCCCACGACCAAAACACCUGGAACUACAAGCAUAAAGGCUCCAACAAGAUGAACAAACCAGUCAACAAACAGGAUGAACCCUGGAUGAAACCCUUCAUCAACCAGUUUAACAGCAUGAACUUCUCUAGAGACUCUCCUGACGACUCAAUGAAGACAGGAGCAGGGAUGGUGCAGGACAAGCGUAUGGACAUGGGCAGCAUGGGAGACUACAAUGGAGUAAUGGGGAAGAACCCUGGGUCUCGACACCAGCUCCACAAGGAGUCUGCCAUGGAUCGCAGCCCUUACUAUGACAAGCUGUCAGUUUCCCCCUCUGCUUACAAUAACACAGCUUCUGACGAGCUGUCCUCCAAUCAAAGCAUGAGCUUUUCCGCUUCCAAUUCUGCUCUGCCUAUCCCCUGUCUCGACUCUGGGCCAUCUCCUGCCCACUCUAGUCCCGGGGGCGCUCGGCAGAAUGUAAACCCUAUGAUGGGUGGCAGCAGCGUAGCACAGGGCCGUGGCGGCCCCCAGUCCCAGGUCCCCCCCCAACCCAACCUCCGUAACCAAGUGCCUCCACCCAUCCUGCCCUCUCAGGUGCCUCCAUCCCUGUUGAAGUACCCUGGAGGUAACGGAGGUCUGAACCCUCUGUUUGGCCCUCAGCAGGUGGCUGUGCUCAACCAACUCUCCCAGCUCAACCAGCUGUCACAGCUCAACCAGAUCAACCAGUUACAGCGUCUUCUCCUCCAGCAACAGCAGCAGCAACAGCAGAAAGCUCAGAGCCAGAGAGCCAUGCCUGUGGGACGGCCCACUGAACAGACACGUCCUAUUGGUUCGUCUCCAAUGAUGCAGCCGCCACGGCACCUGGACCCCUCCCUGUUGAAACAGCCCCCACCCCACAAACCCUACCUGGAUAACUACUUGUCUCACAAUACCCCUGAGAUGCAGAAGGAUGCUGCUGCUCUCGGAUCCUUCAGCAACUUCCCUUUAAGCUUGAACUCUAAUCUGAAUGUACCCCUGGACAUGGGUGUUGGUGGUGGUAGUAGUGGUGGUGGAGCUGUGAGCUACAAAGAGCCGCCCCAGUCCAGACUGAAGAAACUUUGGGCUACUGACCCUCUGGAGCAGAACAGCAAACCUGGUGCUAUGUCGUCUGGGCUGCGUCUGGAGGACUCUCUCUAUGACUUCCUGUCUCCUGGCCCAUCUCCCCUGAGUCCUCCCGGCCAAUCAAUGGGCUCGGUGGGCGAUGGCUGGCCGCCCCGUGCCAAUUCCCCCCCGCCCCAUGGAAACACUGUCACCUGGCCCCCAGAGUUCCGGCCCGGGGAGCCUUGGAAAGGUUACCCCAACAUUGACCCUGAGACUGACCCCUAUGUGACCCCCGGCAGUGUCAUCAACAACCUCUCCAUCAACACCGUCCGCGACACAGACCACCUCAGGGACAGGAACAACGGGCCAUCCUCAUCACUGAACACCACGAUGCCUUCUAACAGUGCCUGGUCAUCCAUUCGUGCCUCCAGCCACAGCGGUUCCCUCACCAGUACAGCACAAAGCACUUCAGCCAGACCCAGUGAGUCAAAGUGGUCUCCCGGCGGCGGUUCUGUGUCCAACUCCUCCCUGGCCCAUGAGCUGUGGAAGGUCCCCCUGCCUCCCAAGGCCCUGUCUGUGGCCGCCCCCUCCAGACCACCACCCGGCCUCACCAGCCAGAAGCCCAGCUCUGCCUCCUCCGGCUGGGACGGCUCAGCCCUGAGGCUGGGGGGGUGGGGCUCCUCUGAGUCCAGAUACACACCUGGUUCCAGUUGGGGUGACGGCAGCAGCUCAGGGAGAACCCAAUGGCUUGUUCUGAAAAAUCUCACACCUCAGAUUGACGGCUCUACCCUGAGGACCUUGUGCAUGCAGCACGGCCCUCUGAUCACAUUCCACCUCAACCUGCCGCACGGUAACGCCGUGGUAUGCUACAGCUCCAAGGAUGAGGCCGCAAAGGCACAGAAGAGCCUGCACAUGUGUGUUUUGGGGAACACUACUAUUCUGGCUGAGUUUGCCAGCGAGGAGGAAAUCAACCGUUUCUUUGCACAAGGGCAGUCAUUGGCCACUCCCUCCUCCAGCUGGCAGACCAUCGGCUCCUCUCAGAGCAGAAUGGAUCAGUCUCACCCCUUCCCCAGUCGCGCUCCUGAACCCAACCAAUGGAACAGCAGCGAUCUCCACAGCUCCUCCCUCUGGGGCGGGCCCAACUAUUCCAGUAGCCUGUGGGGGAGCCCCAGUGGCACCGAGGCGGGGAGGAUCAGCAGCCCUUCUCCAAUCAGCUCCUUCCUCCCAGUGGAUCACCUGACAGGGGGCGGGGACUCCAUGUGAACCGCCUGCCAAUCAAACAGGCUGAGGGAAGGGUCAGUAGAGAAUUAUCAAUAAUCAGCAGAAGAAAAUGGAAAAAAAAGUAGUUAUAAACGCAAUGGCACUAGUCGGACUCUUUCUCACUUACAAGAUAUACAACAAAGCGGGGUCUCCCCUGUGGAAAACAAGUUACGUUUCUCUCUCUGCACAUAUGUCCACUUUGUUUUAGCCCAAAAACAUAUCAGUCGGAAUACUUGAAUCAUGCAGGCCAAUUCUAUAAUGUGAACGGAUGGAUAUUUGCUUCCAGGUAGUGCUCUUUCAGACCGAAAAAAGCUUCAAUCGAGCUCAUUAUUAUAUAUAUAUAUAUUUUUUGUUUCAUUCGUCAUGUUUAUUUGAAUUCCAAUUCUUUUCAUUUUUAACGUUUUCUUUUUGUUUUUUUUUGCAUUUGUUUGCUGACAAUGUUGGAGUAUGAGCUUUUUUAACUUUGCACUGAAUGUGGUUUUUUCUCAGUAUAUAUAAUCUGCAAUAUAGAGGGAGCAGCCAGUUUUUCCAGUGUAGCUGUUUACUCAUUGAGGUCCUUACCGUAUGUGUGUAAGCGUGUGCACGCGCACGUAUGUGUGUGGAAGUACUUGUGUGUGUAUGUGUGACUGCGUGUGUGAAUGAGUAUGUGUGCGCUCCUCUCUGCCUUGGCACGCCUACCUUACUGCGUUGUCGUGGAGUUCAAGAUCAACAGAUAGUUAAAGAAGAAUAAAAGCUGACUUAGGAGGAUUAUCUGGUGAUAGUUAAAGUGACAUUAAAAAGUAUUGCACCAAUUUUGUUUUAAAACUAAAGAACGUUGAGCUCUGCAGUGCAAAGGACUGUAGCCGCAGCUGGGACUAGCAAGCCCCGCCCACCCCAGUGUAGGGGGCGGGGCCUAUCUAGCAAGCCCUCCCACUAGCCCCCUAGUGGGCAGGGGGGAAACAGCACUUUCAGAAUAGGCUUUCAAUGUUUUGGAGGUGCCACACUGCAACCUCUUGUUUACAAGACUUAGGAGGCGGAACGUGUGUUCAUUCUUCAUUUUAAAGAGAAGACGGAAUAAAAUAAAUAAAAUACUCAAAAAAAACCUUAAAAAACUAUUAAAAAAAAACUUUAAAAAAUGUAUAAAACAAAUAGAAAAACAAAAAAAAAUUAAAACUCUUAUUGAGGAUGAAGACGAUGCUUUGUAACUCUGGGAAUUCGGAUCAGUGUUUUUGGCCAUGGCGUUGGUUAUUUGAACUAUUCCUCUUUGUCUGCUAAAUAACCAGCAAUGGUUCUCAGGAAAUCAAGCCAGUUUUCCCCCCCUUGUAGGUGAAUUAAAAAAAAAAACUACUACUCCUUGUAGGAAAGGAAAAUCCAACUUCUAGCACUGAAAACUAUGUAUAGGUCUGUAAGUUUUAUUUUCUCUGCCAAAUAACUGCUUUAAGCUGGAGAAGCUCAACACACUGCUUUCAAUAUGCUGUCUUUGAGGGACAGGGGGGUCCUAAUGUGGGGGGGUGGAGGACGGGCUGUAGAAAUCCCAACGCUCCCUCUCUCCUCCUCUUCCUCCUCUCCUCCACUCCACUGAUGUUAAAAAUCAAAAGUGGGGAGUGUUUAUUGUGUGAGUGUGUGACUGUCAGUGGAAAGUGUUCUGUCUUGUCAGACUUAUAAACCAAGAGAAAGGCGAAUCUGUAUCUAUGCAUACUGUAGCCUCUCACAGCCUACUGAGAGGCGUUUUUUGUUUCUUUUUGUUUUUUUUCUUCCCGUGUCUCACAAAAUGUUUUAAAUGUUUCAUUAAGUACAACAAAAUGCGAAUAUAACUUGCUUUUUUUUUUUUUUAUCGCUCUCAUUGCCACAAAUGGUGUUUUGAAAAAAAAAAAGGAAAGAAGAAAAACUUUAAAAAUCUUUUUUUUUUUUUUUUUUUGGUUGAAGAUAAUAUUUUAACAGUGCAAAAGUCGUCCACAUUUCAUUGCCUUGAUCCUAAUUGUGUCCGAAGAUGCAACAACAAGUCAAGUGGCUUCUACCUGUUUACAAAUAGAAUAUGAUUGUAUUGUUGUACUGUUUUUUUUUUUUUUCUUCCUUUGGGUGGGGGAGGGAGGGAGUGCUCAUCUGAAGUUCCUGACCUGAUGAAUUGUGUGUGUGUUUGUGUGUGUGUGUGUGUGUGUGUGUGUGUUUGGAUGGAUGCUCUGUACCGGCAGAUUUGAGUUCUACCGCUGGAGGAGAAGAUGUGGCGUCGUGGUUGUGUGUGAGAACAGCGUGAAUGUAAAUCCACCAGUUGGUGUUUGUCGACAAAAUACACGUGUGAAUAACAGAUUUACCGAUCUAACAGUGAUUGUUUAGUUAUUAUGAUGCACAAUUAUCGGGAAAAACAAAAAGCUUCAGAGAGUGCGUGAACGAGAAGUCAGCAUUAGCGAAGCCAUGGACCUUAAUUUCUUUUCUCCAUCGUGUAAUUAUUCUGUGUUAAGCCUGUGUGUGAGUGUGUUUUCCCCCUCCGAUAUAGGUUUUUAUUUCAGAAGUACUAGUUGGCUUAAGUUUUUUUUUUUUUUAGUUGUGAUAUUUAACAACUUCAAAGUAGUGAGACAGAACCUUGAGUAUUAGCCAGACUUGACAGUGGUGUGUGCCAGUAUUGAACUGCUCUCUACCAAAUAAUUCAAUCAUACAAAAAAAGAUUAGUUUACUUAAUUCCAGAUCUCUUUGCUUAAACUAUAUAUAAAUCUAUAUAUCUCUUAUUUGUAUUUGUCUCGUUUAACAAAUGUUAUCAAGUGGAACAUCUAAACUGUGUUUGUUUUUAGUUAACUUAAUUUGACAAAUUGAACUGAGGAGCCUUGGAUUUUGCACUUGGGUGGAUUAAGAGGAAAGACCGAGCGAGCAAGAGGUGGUCAGACAGACGGCUUGGUUUGGAUUUACACAUCUUUCUGAGGGAGAAGGUGCGUCUGUGACAGGGUAAUGUGUGUGUGUGAGUGAGUGUGUGUGUGCGUGUGUGCGCGCGCUGUGAGUAGAGAAGAUGGUGCUUUGUUGGCCCCAGUGAGGGAGCGUGAGAAGGGGGAGGAAGGUCGUAGUCCUCCUCCUCUGGGUUUACCUCUCCCUAGUGUUCACUGGGCCGGCUCGGUCAGAGCGGCGACCUCGCCACGCCGCCUGAGCCGAGCCAGAAUGUAGCUGAAAACGGUUUUAAAAAGUAUAAACGCAACCCGGAGCCUGGAUCUGCCCUCUCUGGCAGCCAGAUCAGCCUCAAACACGAACCCACCGCACAGAAAAAUAAUCAAAUACAGCAACCACUGCUCUUUGUUUAUGUAUUUGAAUCAGUAUUGGACUACUGUUCUGACCACACAUUGGUGAUCGUUGACUGAAACGAGGCGAGGCUUCUUGUGGGCGCGUAGCGACUCAGGCAAGGGGAUGUGACUUGUGAUCGGCUGGUUCUUCCUGGCUUUUCAGGGACACAGGUUUCACACUUGCCUCUUUGCUGGCUUAUCCAGGAUCAGCUCUCCCUCUCCGACUCCUAAGCUUAACUAACGGAGAGGAAAUGCAAAACUGACAGGAUGUCUGCGGCAAGCGAAAUAUAAAAUCGUCUUUUAUUCCCUUUGCGCUCUUGAUGAAAAUAUUUUACACUUCGUUCAUUCUGAUUUUUGGCAACGCUUCUUUCCCGGCGCUGAUCUGGGGGCAGUUUUGUCCCUCAUCAGUAUCCUUACCUUUACCAAUUAGUGGGACAUGAACUGACCCCUGAUCAGCAGCUCAGGAGGCAGCUUUGCUCUGCUGUUAGAGAAGGGACAAGCAACGUCUGUAAAACGCCUCUCAUGAUGUUAAUGUUACUGGUUCCCAGCUUGAUCUCGCUCUGUUUCUGUCUCGUCCAACCUACUGUUAGUGUGUGUGUCACUGUGUGUGUGUGUGUGAGUGUGUGAGAGAUGCAAAAACCCAGUCUUGUACAGAACCAGUGUGUGUAUGUUCGAACACAUUAUCAUGCCAAAUUGAGGUGGGAGGGUGAGAGGGAAGGAAAGGGAUUGAUAAUUUUCUUUUUUUGUGUUGUUUUUGGUUGUUGUGUGUGUACGUGUAUUUAAAAAGCUGGACAAUGUUAAAUGCUUGAAGAAAAAAGUCAUUUGCAAAAGGAUGAUGUGAGGAAAACCUUUUCAGUAAGUGAAAACCACCACGAGCAAUGUACAAUCCCCAGGGCUGCCAAGCAGCUUCCCGACAGGGCCAGACGAGGGGAGGAAAGAAGGAAAAAAGGAAGGAAGGAAAGGAGGGUGGGUAGGAGAGGAGGGAAGCUGGCUGGUGAUACUCUACUACUUUUUUAAUGUUUAAGAAAAAAUAAUGUGACUCUGUUUUUCUCUUGACUUAACUAUCCUGUGAGCAAACGCUUAUAUUAUAUCAUAACACACACCCAACGGCUCCUACUGUCGAUCAAAAGCGCUAAGGCUUGUUUUUUUUGACACACAAAGAAAAAAAUGUAAAAAACAGGAAAAAAAAACAAAAGAAAAAAACUGUGAGAAUCUGCUGUCUUUUUUGUCAUUUUACAUUUAGUAUGAAUACACACAAACAAAACCCUGAAAAGCUUUAGUCUAACCAGCACAAAGAUGUGGGUGGGGCGGGGCGGGGCGGGUGGGUUACAGUACAGAGGGGAGGGUGGGUGUCGCUCAGAGAGACUAUGCAGUGGAGUGUUGAACCCAGGCUUCCAUGUCCACCUUGGGUUUUUUGCUUUCUUUAAAAAAAAAAAAAAAAAAAUCCCAAAAAUUUUUUAAAAACCGUUGAGAUGGGAUUCCCAAUAAUAUUCCUCAAACAUGUUGUGCCAUCGUUGAAUCGUACUACUACUAAUAAUAAUAAAAACUGAAAAAACCUUUAUUACCUAGCAAACCGUCGGGCCAGUUGUAGCAGGAGAGGAGGACAGGUUUAAGAUUUGCAAAAGUCCAUUUCUUUAUUUUCACAGCUUGUCUCCUCGAUAAGCCGAGGGGAGUGAGGCCGGUGAAACUGCAAAUUUUACACAACUACAAUGUUUUUUAUAGAGAUUCUAUCAAUCCACAGUGUGUAGUUGGAUCACCUGUAAACCUAUUAUGCACAUUGCUUUGGGAGACUGUUGAAACUAUAUAUAAUAUAUAUAUAUGAGAAUAUAAACGUACAGUGUCUAUAAUCAACGAGAGGAAUGUCUUCCUCUCUUACAAACAAAACAGGAAGUACCUUUUUAUUUUCAAAUGUCUUCCUCGGGUCAUCAAAGGAUUUUAUCUUAAACUUUGGGGGAAACUGCACUUUUUGAAGGACAAUCUUUAUUUGUAUGGGUAUAAAAAUUGACAAAAACGAAGUCGCCUGAUAUUACAAGGUAUAGAAAACCAACUCCAGUGUGCUCUAAUAAUGAAUGUCUCCUCUGAUGCUGUCUAUUUGUUUGGUUUCAUUUAAUCUUUUUAUUCUCCUUCCUUUGUUGCUUGGUUUGUUCUGUAUUAUUUUUUUCUCCUAUUUUUCUGGAUUUUAGUGCUCUUAAGAGAAUCUGUACUAAGGUGUAGAGUAGUAAGUAGUAGGUCUUCUGUUGGCUGUACUCGUAUACUGAUUACUGUUUGUAACCCUCUGGCUCCUGCAGCCAUCAUACAAAGCUGUAAAACUUGGGUACAACCCUCAAUAAAAGACUAACAAUGACUCA